AUGAUGCCUUCUAUAUUCGGGACCAAGGAAGUGGAUAGAUCUCCUGUCUUCACUGAAGACGAUAUCCGGAAACUGGUUCUAUCAUUUCCUCCUCCUGAACCACGACCUGGAAAAGAAUGUCUUGUUCGCAGUCUCUCUGGCCGUAGCCUUGUUCGUUCGGAUGCAGUCGCCAAGCGAUUUCAUUCUCUUCUUCAGAGUGCCACUGGUCCUAUCUUUCUGAACGGUCUGCACAACGAAUUGGGUGUUCACGAUGUCCAAUGGCUCUUGACUCAAGAAGACGAACGCAUCUACUACAGUAUAGACCGCCGACGACUCUUACCAGAGACUACUCAGAAGGCCAUAUAUCAGAGCCUCAAGAACUAUUUGGCCAACCGUGGUCUUGAUCUGGACAAGAUUUCUACAGAGAAGGAUGUCACUACUGCCACACUUCGACGCAUCCUUGCCGCACAAGAUGCCGAUCUAUCUCUCCAGGACCUCGAGAACGGAAAGACUUAUGAUUCCAGACUGCUCGAAAGGCUCGAAAUGAGCAUUGGAAAGAUAGUCAUUGACGGCAAGCAAGGAUCAGUCGUGCUUAGCGAUACUUUCCCUCAAGUUCCUAUUGCCUGGCUGGAGUCGACAGCCAACAAUCUGAUACCCCAUGACGAGAAAGGUGCUCAAGGACUGGUUGAUCUAGUGAAUGGAUUCCUACGCUACACACCAAGAUCCUUACUCGAACAGCGUCAAGGCGAAGUCAAGCAAGCCCAAAACGCAUACAUCCAGAAAGCGAUAGAAGAACUGGAUGGAAGUGGAUAUUGCGAGGUGACCGCCAGCUCUAGACCACAAAUUCUGCGAAAAGCUUCAGAUGUCGAUCUUGCACGGGCAAUUCGAGAAGCAUUCGUACAGAAACAUGUCGGCUCCAGUGUUGUUGAAUUGAGCACAGGAAAGUCUACAUUUCUUGUAACACAGGACACUUUUGCUGCCAGAUUGUCUUCCAUCGCAGCCAAAGCUGCCGAUGCAGCCACCGAACAAUGGUCCUCCAGACGCCCAGGCGAAGAAGUCACCUUCAAUCCCACCAAGUUAUCCAUCUCCGAUAACCCGGAAGCAUCUCUCGAUCAAGCAAUCCUCGAAUCCGGCGACCCAGAAAACAAAGUUCAAUCAACCUUUGAAGCCAAAAUCGUCUCCCUCCGGGAAUCCACGACAUCAACCUUUACAACAACCAUCCAAACAGACCUCCUCACACCCCUGAAACUAUACGCCCAAGGCGCCGAUACAAUCACAGACACCACACUCCAACCCCGCGUCCAAGACUUCAUCUACGACUGGGCUCGCAAAGACCUAGCACCAGAAACCCUCCGCACCGUCAAAGACCAAAACCUCACCACCACAAAGGCCGUCUCCCGAGACCUAGACAAAUUCUCAGACGCGAAUGUCAUUUGGAUCUCAUUGGCGAGAAGGAGGGAGGGAUUGUACAUGAGUUCGGGUAAGGAUACGAGUAGGAUGAUCAAGAUGGUCAAGGAAGGUGAUGCAGAAGCUGGUGCGAAGUUGGAGGAAUGGAAAGACCUGAUCAAGCAGGGCAAGGACACCGAUGACACGAAGAAGGAGAUGAGAGAUGCCGCCGCCAAUGCGGUCGAGGAGUUGAAGACGAUUUCCCCUAAGGCUGCAACAGACGAGGCAGCAGCCGAGCAAGUCACUGGAGAAAAAACGCCACGACUUCUUGAGUAG